AUGAUAUGGUUGAUAAGGACAUGUGUCCCAGGAGACUACAGCAAACGCGUAUAUCAAGGCGUGAGAGUGAAGCACACAGUCAAAGAUCUGCUGGCAGAAAAACGAUCCAAGCAGACAAGUAACUCAAGAUUUAAUGGCAGCGUUGGUUCCUCUCCGUCUCCAUUUGUCCAGGUGCCAGGUUCACCGGUCAUGUCAGGCUACUACGGCGUCCGAAGAUCUUUCCUGUCUGACUCGGACUUCCACAGCACCAAGCAAUUUGCAAACGAUGUGUGCACCUCCAGCGUGGCCAGGCCCUUUCCCUGCGAGUCCUCGGCCGGGCAGAGCCACCCCGCCCUCCUAGACUCCUACUUCCCGGAGCCCUAUGGGGACCACCGCCCGCAGGCCCUGACCCCCAGCGCGGGCCCUCUGUUCGGCGCCUCGCCCCUGCCACCGCUCCUGCCACCGCCCUUCCCCAGCGACCCCACACACUUCGUGCUGAGAGACUCCUGGGAGCAGACAGUGCCGGAUGGUCUCAGCCAGCUCGACCCUGUGCCCACCGACGCCCUGCAGACCUUGCCACCCAACACGAGUUGCCUCUCCCAGCUGGAGUCGGGGAGCACUGCCCAGCACCGGAGCCCAAGCUGGGGGCCUCCCCUGGCUGGGGCUCAGUCUUAUUCGUUGCAUGCACUGGAGGAUCUGUACCACACACCAGGGUACCCCACCCCUCCCCCAUAUCCCUUCGCCCCCUUCACCGCGGUGUCCAACGACCUACCACCCAAGGCAGUGCCCCUCUCCCCAGACGAGGGGUCAGAUGCCUCUGCCCUUCAGGACCCUUCUCCAUGGACCAAAGAAGACGGGGGCAUGGUGUGGGGGUCAUACGAGUGCCGCCGAGCUUACUGA